GCCGGAUAUGGGCCUCUUGUUGUUGCUGUGUCCGGCGGAACACCGGCUUUAUCGUCCGUGAGGAGCUGCGCCUUGCUGCACGUUGCUAGUUAGUUGCAAUGUUGUAGCUAUUAGCACGACAGCAAUUUUAUUUUUUCGUCGGGAGGGAGAUUUGUCAUUUAGUGUGACAGAGCCACGGAGUCUGUUCUCAUUCAUUUCUCGUCUCAGCCGUCGGAGGAGAAGGGAAGUGCUCCAAAGUCCCGUUAGCUCGCUGCCUUUUCUCGUAGCCUGCUAGCAAAAAGCAGCUGGUUAGCCGCUAGCGUUCCACCGUCUCCUCCGCGAGUGCGAACCUCCUUCUACCCCCGGGGCUGCUGCUGCUGCCGCUGCUACUGCUGGACCAUGGCGAUGAGACAGACUCCGCUCACCUGCUCCGGUCACACCCGGCCUGUGGUCGACCUGGCCUUCAGUGGAAUCACUCCAUACGGCUACUUCCUCAUCAGCGCCUGCAAAGAUGGCAAGCCCAUGUUGCGCCAGGGAGACACAGGGGACUGGAUCGGAACGUUUCUGGGUCACAAAGGCGCUGUCUGGGGAGCCACUCUGAACUCGGACGCCACCAAAGCAGCCACGGCCGCCGCCGACUUCACAGCAAAGGUGUGGGACGCAGUGAGUGGAGACGAGGUCCUCACACUGGCACAUAAACACAUCGUCAAGACGGUCACCUUCACUCAGGACAGCAACUGUCUGCUGACCGGAGGGAACGACAAGUUACUGCGGAUCUACGAUCUGAGCAGCCCAGACACAGCCCCACAGGAGAUUGCAGGUCACACCUCAGCCAUAAAGAAAGCUUUGUGGUGUAAUGAUGACAAGCAGAUCCUCUCAGCUGCUGAGGACAAAACCAUCCGACUCUGGGACAGGAACUCCACGGAGGUGGUGAAAACACUGACGUUUGACGCGUCCGUCAGCAGCAUGGAGUACAUGGCCGAUGGAGAGAUUCUGGUGAUCACCUAUGGGAAGACGAUCGCUUUCUACAACGCUCUGAGCCUGGACCUGAUCAAGGCGGUGGAGGCUCCAGCCCCCAUUAGCUCCGCCUCCCUCCACCCAGAGAAGGACUUCUUUGUCGCCGGAGGAGAAGACUUCAAACUUUACAAAUUUGACUACAGCACCAAAGAAGAGCUGGAGUCCUAUAAGGGUCACUUUGGUCCAGUGCACUGUGUGCGGUUCAGUCCAGAUGGAGAGCUUUACGCCAGUGGCUCCGAGGACGGCACCCUCCGACUGUGGCAGACGGCAGUUGGGAAAACCUACGGCCUGUGGAAAUGUGUCCUGCCUGAGGACCUUGGGACAGAGAACUCUGAGCAGUUGUACACCGUCCCUCCUGAGAUCAAAGCCUGAAGAGAAAGCACUUACUGAUGGGAUCAGAAUACAAAGCUCUGCGGAAGGAGAAUGGAGAAGAAAAAAAAUGGAAUGGACGAGAAGCCAGAGUGAAGUGUUUAAUCCUGCCCGCCCCCCCGCCCCCAACGGUGAGGAGCAGCGUCCAGAGCAUCUUCAUGAAUCAGGAACUGCUACGAGUGCCCUGUCUGUCAUAGAGCAGUCAUGUUU